UAUUUUUCCUCACACCUGUUUCAAGCGCAAUCGAAAGCAAAAGGGUUUUCUUUGCCUCUGUCGCUCUCUCUCUCUCUCUCUCUCUCUUGUUCUUCUCUCUAGCCGAUCAUCCAUGGCCGCCCGUUCCAACUCCGAUUCCCGCCACAAUCUCUCCGUCGCCACCUCCGACCAGAUCCCCAAAGAUGUUCACGGAUUUGACAAUCCUAUCCCUCUUUCACCACAGUGGCUUCUGUCAAAGCCAGGGGAGAGCAAGCCAGGAAUAGGAACCGGGGAAAAUCCCCCCAGCUCAAAUUCUUCUUAUGGCAAUCGUUUGGAUAUUUUGAAGUCAUCAGGAAAUGGUGAGGAGCUGCGUGAUUCCCAGAAGAAAAAGGAUGUUUUCAAGCCAUCCUUGCUGGAUAUGGAAACUGGGAGACGUGAUCGCUGGCGAGAGGAGGAAAGAGACACCAACUCCUCUGCACGCAAAGAUAGGUGGAGGGAUGGUGGAGAAAAAGAACUUGGUGACACUCGCAGGACAGAACGCUGGACAGAGAAUUCCUCCACAAGACACUAUGGUGAAGGACGUCGUGUUGGAUCUGACCGGUGGACUGAUUCGGGUAACAAGGAUUCCAAUUAUGAGCAACGGCGUGAAAGCAAAUGGAACACACGCUGGGGACCUGAUGAUAAAGAGACAGAAGGUUCACGUGAGAAGUGGAUGGACUCUGGGAAAGAUGCUAACUCACAUCUGGAUAAGAGAUCAUCUCUUGUUGCUAAUCACGUAAAAGAUGAAAGGGAGGGGGAAAAUUUUCGUCCAUGGAGAUCCAGCUCUUCCCAAGGGCGAGGAAGGGGAGAACCUUCUCAUAACCAACCUCAAACAUUUAACAAGCAAGUUCCUCCAUAUUCAUUUAAUCGGGGUCGUGGGGAAAAUACCUCUCAUACAUUUGUACUUGGCCGUGGGAGAGGUAAUUCUGGUGGAAGCACCGUGAACAGCACUCAUUCACAUUCUCAGUCUCUUGGAAUCUCCUUGGACAAAGUUGAAAGUGGCCAUGGAGAGCCUCAUCACUUGAGGUAUAGUAGAAUGAAAUUACUUGAUGUGUACAGAUUGGCUGAUCCGAGAUCAUUCAAGAGACUAGUGGAUGGGUUUGUAGAAGUACCUUCCCUUACCCUGGAUGAACCAGUAGAGCCCCUCGCACUCUUUUCACCAAAUCCUGAGGAAAUGGUUGUUAUAAAGGGAAUUGAUAAAGGUGAUAUUGUAAGUAGCGGAGCUCCUCAGAUAUCCAAAGAAGGAUGGGGCCAGAUGGAUUUUGUGCAGUCAAGACGGACCAAACUUGGUAGUAGAGAGGAUCUACCACAUGCUAUAGAAGAUUCUAAGGAUGAAUCCGCCGCCAGUUCUAAAGCUCUCAGAGAAGAUGGUGGAUCUUUCAUAAAGUCUCAUGAAAUUCCCAUAAAGGGGGAAUCGAGCAUGUCCAGUUUGCAGGAAAAUGCAUCUGUUCAUCCCGGCGCUACAUGGAGAGCCCAAUCGCCUGGAGAACCCUCACAUAUGCUCUUGCAUGAUUGGAAAGAGACUCCUAAUGACGUUAAAUUAAGAACAUCUGAGAGUGGCUGGUCACAUCUUCAGAAGAAUCUUAAUAACGAAUGGGAAAGUAAUUUGGCCGAUCCAUCCUUCACCAAAGAGGUGGCAAAAUGGGAAGCCAGUGAAGAUCUCAUCAUCAGAAGACAGCCAUCUAGUGUCUUGGACAGGGAACAGGACGUAAGAAAAGCUGUGCAGCCUUCUCCGGAAGAGCUACAACUUUAUUAUGUAGAUCCUCAGGGUAUCAUUCAAGGUCCAUUUGCUGGAGUUGAUAUUAUUGGGUGGUUUGAGGCUGGAUACUUUGGCAUAGAUUUGCAGGUCCGUCUGGCCAGUGCACCCAAUGAUUCACCAUUUUCAUCUCUUGGUGAUGUAAUGCCUCAUCUACGAGCUAAAGCCAGACCACCACCUGGAUUUGCUGGUCCCAAACAAAAUGAAUUACCGGAAGUAGCAAGUCGGCCAAACUUUGUUGGUGUUGCUGGUUUGAGUGAUGCAGAUAUAGUAAGGAAUGAAUCUAGACAUAAACAGGGCUCAGCAACUGAAGCUGAGAAUAGGUUUUUGGAGUCACUUAUGUCGGGUAAUAAUCUGGGCUCCUCAUCACCUCUUCAAAAAAUUGCAUUGCCUGAAGGUUUGCAAGGAUAUGUGGGGAGCAAUACUCCUAACAUGCCUCAACCCGGAGUAGAGAACCUAUUAGUGAAGAGAAUGGCUCUCGAACGACAGCGCUCAUUACCCAAUCCUUAUUCAUAUUGGCCGGGUAGAGAUCCAGCGUCCUUAAUUUCAAAGGCAGAGGUCGUCCCUGAUUCAAAACUCAUACCGCCAAUGACCGAGAACUCCUCUCAGCCUCAUCCCCAAAAUGCUGACUUGAUGUCUGUCUUACAGGGCUUGUCUGACCGGUCGUCAUCUAGUGUAAACAAUAAUGUUGCUGGUUGGCCAAAUUUCAAUGUUCAAAGUGGGUCAGAUCUACUACAGAACAAGAUGGACUUGCAUCAUGAUCAAAGUUUUGCUCCACAGUCUCCUCUUGGGAUCCAACAACAAAGGCUGCCACUUCAGAAUCAACCAUCUUUCCCCAAUCUGUUUCCUCAAGUUGUUGAUAAUGCACAAGGAAUUUCAAUGCCCGAGAAAUUAUUGCCUGCCAGUUUGUCCCAAGAUCCACAAUUAUUAAAUAUGUUGCAACAGCAGUAUCUGCUGCAGUUACAUUCUCAGCCACCUGUUCCAGCGCAGCAAAUAUCAUUGUUGGAUAAACUCCUGUUGCUGAAGCAGCAACAAAAACAGGAGGAGCAGCAAAUGCUCUUAAGGCAACAGCAACAGCAACAGCUUCUUUCUCAGGUUCUAUCUGAGCAUCAGAACCGCCAACAUUUUGGCGAACUAUCCUUCGGACAGUUGCCAGUCUCUGCGAUGCAAAAGGGGAAUGCAUCUAUAGAUCCCCGGCUGCAAUCACCACAAGAACUGUUUUCUAUUGGUUCAAAUAUGGCAGUUCCCAGUGUGCAAAAUGAACUUCCUGUUAACCUAUUGAACAUAUCUUCCCAAGUUAACCAGGAUAACCGUUAUAAUGCCAUUUCCGAAGCCUCGUUACACUUACCUCAUCAAAUGUUUGACAAUGUUACCCAUCAGAAAAGUUGGGUUUCCCCUAAUGGGGAGCAGGUUGAUGAAAUCCGACAAAACGAACCGUUGCCAUCAGUUGGAAGCUCACUGUUGCUUGGGAUGAUGAACAAGUCUAGUGAGGUACCACUUGUGGAUAAAUCUCUCUCCGUUUCUGAUAGCCUUGUCACUAAAACUUCGGAGCAGCCAUCAGAAAGUGCUUUGGGAGUGAAGGAAACUACCAUGGUUGCCACCUCCAAGGCUACUGCAGAUUUUGCAUUGUCGGAGCCUCAUGGGGUCCUUGAUUCCGUGCCUGCACCGGGAGAUGCGAAUGAUGUGAAGGUGCAGUCUGAUGGUGCUGUUGAAGAAGAGACGGUUGACAAGGAAAAAUUUAACAAUGAGCUCUCUACAAUGACAGAAGUGAAAAAUGUUGAAGUUCGUGAACUGAAGAAGCCUUCUGAGAAGAAGUCGAAAAAGCAAAAAUCUUCAAAAGCACAAUCUACUGAUCAGGCAAGGGGCGUAUCUAAGACUUCUUCUGUGCAGCAGACAAAGCCAUGUGAAACCGAUAAGACUUUUGGUGACAUUAAGUUGGAGACUGAAUUUGGCAUUGGAGAUGAUAAAUAUAGGAUUGCUGGAGUGGAGGUUGCUGAAUCCCAACCAGUUCAGAAAGUGACAGCAAGCAUAUCUGCUCAUGAUACUGAAUCUCUUCAUGUUGAUGGUGAUUCGAAGUUAACUGGGUCUGUGGCAGCCCAGAAUACCCAAGUACAUACUGGGCAGCGGGCAUGGAAGCCUGCUCCUGGUUUCAAGGCUAAGUCAUUAUUAGAAAUCCAGCAGGAAGAGCAGAAGAUAGCUCAGACAGAGACAGUGGUGUCUGAGAUAACAACGCCAGUUAGUUCCUUGAGUUUGUCAACUCCUUGGGCCGGAGUUGUGGCCAAUGCAGACCCAAAAGUACCUAGAGAAACUCAGAGAGAUGUAGGUAAUUCUGAGUUUAAUGCUGGGAAGCUCGAAAGUUCUCAGAAACCAAAGAGCAAGAAGAGCCAAUUGCAUGAUCUAUUGGCCGAAGAAGUUUUGGCAAAGUCUAGUGAAAGGGAUAUUGAUGUUCCUUCUAGCAUGUCAAGCUUAUCUUCCCCACAGGUCACAACUUCCCUCUCAGAAUCUGUAGAUGAUGAUAACUUUAUUGAGGCCAAAGAUACUAAAAAGAGUCGGAAGAAGGCUGCAAAAUCUAAGGGAGCAGGAAAUAAGGUCUCAGUGCUGAGUACCUCUGUUGACGUGCCUGUUAGUCCUAGCCCUGCUAAAAGCUCUCGACCUGUACAGCAGGAAAAGGAGGUCUUGCCUGCAAUCCCAUCAGGGCCUUCCUUGGGGGAUUUUGUUCUUUGGAAGGGAGGAGAGCAAACAGUACCUUCUCCUUCACCAGCAUGGUCAACUGAUUCUGGGAAGCUAUCAAAACCAACAUCUUUAAGAGAUAUCCUCAAGGAGCAGGAGAGAAAAGGGUCUUCUGCCCAGCACGUGAACCAAAUACCAACUCCUCAGAAAUCGCAGCCAACUCAAGUUACCCGUGGUAGUGGCCCUUCAUGGUCUCUUUCUGGUUCAUCUCCAUCUAAGGCUGCAUCUCCUAUCCAGAUUAAUUCCAACGCCUCUCAGUCGAGACAUAAAGGAGAUGACGACCUAUUUUGGGGCCCAGUAGAACAAACAAAGCAAGAAACUAAACAGGGAGAUUUUCCUCAUCUCUCUGGCCAUGGCAGUUGGGGAAUGAAAGGCAAUCCUGUCAAAGGAACUUCAGCAGGGUCAUUAAACCGACAAAAGUCAAUGGGAAGCAAACCUACUGAGAAAUCCCUUUCCUCCUCGCCUGGCUCUCUAAACUCGUCCCUGAAAGGGAAAAGAGAUGCCAUAAGUAAGAGAUCAGAGGCAAUGGGCUUCAGAGAUUGGUGCGAGAGUGAGUGUGUUAGGCUUGUUGGAACAAAAGAUACAAGUUUUCUUGAAUUUUGCUUGAAGCAAUCACGAUCAGAGGCUGAGAUGCUUCUAAUAGAGAACCUUGGGUCAUUUGAUCCUGAUCACGAGUUCAUUGACAAAUUUCUCGACUACAAAGAGUUGUUACCAGCGGAUGUCCUUGAAAUCGCAUUUCAAAGUCGGAACGAUCAAAAAGUCACUGGAUUCAGUACUGGAGACGUGAAUUCUGACAGCGGCAGUGUUGGGGACAUUGACCGAGAUGUUGCUGGGGGCCCUGAUGGGUCUGCGAAAGGAGGCAAGAAGAAGGGGAAGAAAGGAAAGAAGGUGAACCCCUCUGUUUUGGGAUUCAAUGUUGUCAGUAGCCGGAUCAUGAUGGGUGAAAUUCAGACGGUGGAAGAUUAGGAAAUUUAGAGAAGCUGUACAUACAUUUUGGCUUGGAACUGUUGUAAAUGUUUUUUAUUUUAUUUUUUUUGUUUUUAUUUUAGGAUAUUUGUUCUCCUUUAUAGAGCCGCAGCAAAGCAGCUGUUAUUUUAUCUGCUUAAGCGAUUUUGUGUACUAUUAGGGUGCCAGAGUACCUAUUUAUUUUGGUUACAGGAAAACCUGAGCGGGAUACAAUGAAUUUUGGGCCUGUUCACUUCACUAACUCCAAUUUUAUGAUUUG